AUGAGCUCGUCAAACGGGCCUGCCAGAUCUGGCUCCAUUGACCCUUUCUCCAAUGCUGAGGUCUAUUAUGGCACUGAAGACAACAUUAAGACGUUCAAGUCGAGAGGGCGUGCUUUCUCGGUGGUAAGCAGCCACCGCCUGUGCGACGAGGCCUCAGGACAGCCUCGGAAAUUCCUCAUCGAGGUGGAGGAAACCCUCCAGUCACUCCUGAAGCAGGAAGAUACCGAUAGUAAUAUGCAAAUCACCAUUGAGGAUGUUGGGCCGAAGGUACUCUCGGUCGGUACUGCGGCAUCCUCUGGAUAUAAUCGAGUUGAUGUGCGAGGCACAUAUAUGCUUUCCAACCUUCUACAGGAGCUUACAAUUGCCAAAGACUAUGGUCGGAAGCACAUUAUUCUUGACGAGGCUCGUCUGAGCGAGAAUCCGGUUGCACGACUCUCCAGGUUAAUCAAGAACUCCUUCUGGAAGGCCCUCACAAGGCGCAUUGACGGUCACAAUAUUGAGGUUGCGGGCAAGGAUCCUAAAGACUGGACCGAUGACCCUCGGCCUCGGAUCUACAUCCCGCCUGGUGCCCCGGAGCAAUUUGACUACUACUCUCAGAUUGCAAAGGAUCACCCGGAGCUUCGCCUUGAUGUGCAGUUGCUUCCUGCUCCGAUCACGCCUGAUUAUGUUAUGCAACUUAAUGACAAGCCUGGCCUCUUGGCGCUUGCUAUGCAGAAGAAGCUGAAUGAAGCUACCGGAAAGGAGGAAAUGGUCGGUGUACCAUUUGUGGUGCCGGGUGGUCGCUUCAAUGAACUUUAUGGCUGGGAUAGCUACAUGGAGUCCUUGGGACUGCUUGUCAGUGAUCGCGUUGACCUCGCCAAAGGCAUGGUUGUGAACUUCUGCUUCGAGAUUAAGCACUACGGCAAGAUCCUCAACGCAAACCGUUCUUACUACCUCACUCGCUCUCAGCCGCCAUUCUUGACUGAUAUGGCUCUGCGGGUCUAUGAGAGAAUCAAGACCGAGCCGGACUCGAAGGAGUUCCUGCGCAACGCCGUUCUGGCUGGCAUUAAAGAAUACCACAGCGUGUGGGCCUGUGCUCCCCGUCUUGACCCAGUGACAGGGCUGUCCAGAUAUCGCCCUGAAGGUUGGGGUGUGCCGCCUGAGACCGAACCCUCUCACUUCGUGCACAUUCUCACCCCGUACGCCGAGAAGCACGGGAUGACAUUUGAACAGUUCGUCAGAGCAUACAACACUCGAGCCAUUGUCGAGCCUGAGCUCGAUGACUACUUCAUGCACGAUCGGGGUGUUCGUGAGUCUGGUCACGACACUAGCUACCGUCUCGAGGGCGUAUGCGCCAAUCUCGCUACAGUCGAUCUCAACUCUUUGCUGUACAAGUACGAGGUUGAUAUCGCCCGCAUCAUCCGUGUUCACUUCAAUGACAAGCUGGCGAUCCCUGUUGAGUUCCGCACUCCUCUGACUAAGGAUAUUGAGUUCGAAUCCUCGGCUGCCUGGGAUCGCCGUGCCCGCAAGCGCAAGCAGACCAUGGACAAGCUCCUUUGGAACGCUGAGAAGGGCAUGUACUUCGACUACGACACUGAGAAGAAGGAGCGCAAGGAAUACGAGACUGCAACCACCUUCUGGGCCAUGUGGGCUGGUCUUGCGUCACCCCAGCAAGCCGCCAUAAUGACUGAGAAGGCUUUGCCCCGCUUCGAAGCCUUUGGUGGCCUGGUUUCUGGUACAGAAGAGUCUCGCGGUGCCGUGGGCCUGGACCGCCCUAACCGGCAGUGGGAUUACCCGUACGGUUGGGCGCCGCAGCAGAUGCUUGCAUGGACUGCGUUCCUGCGCUACGGAUACCAGGAGGAAGCGGAACGAUUGGCGUAUAAGUGGGUUUAUAUGAUUACGAAGGCGUUUGUCGACUUCAACGGCGUCGUCGUCGAGAAGUAUGAUGUCACCAGGCCCAUCGACCCCCACCGGGUCGAUGCUGAGUACGGCAAUCAAGGCACGGACUUCAAGGGUGCUCCGCGUGAAGGAUUCGGCUGGGUGAACGCCAGUUAUGUUUACGGAUUGGAAAUUCUCAAUGCUCAUAUGAGACGCUCUCUGGGAACAAUCACCCCUUACGAGACGUACCACAAGGCGGUUGUUGCUCAGGAUGCAUUCUGA